UUGGUGAUAUAAUAAUAAAAGAAAAGUCAUAACAUUAAUACUUAAAUAUGUGCUUGAGAAAAGUAGUAAAAAACGCUAUACUACUAGUCAUUAUAGUUAUAAUUAAUUGUAAUGUCCAAGCACAAGAUCAAUUUUCGGUUGAUGAAGACUUAACCCAUUUGCUUGGCCGCUGUAAAAUGAACAGUGAAGACUACGAUCAAUGUAUGAAAGAAGUUUUGAAUGAUUUAAAAACAUAUUAUACGACGGGUAUUCCCAUCUAUAAUGUACGACCUUUUGAUCCCCACUAUGCUUCAUUUGUUGAAAUGCGUCGAGGGGAUAGCAAUGGUUUAGCUGGCUUUAAAUUACUUUUACGCAAUAUAUCCGAAUACGGGUGGUCACGUUCUCAGAUAACAAAAUAUCAGACGGAUUUAUCGCAAAAACGAAUAAUAUAUUCGCAAUAUUUCCCUGAAAAGAGUUUGGACGGUUGGUAUGAAUUUUCUGGUGCGUUAUUUGGUACACCCAUUAAGCGUAAAGGUUUCUGGAAUAUGACAUUAAAUGAUUAUAGUCAAACCACGAGCGUUAGGCGAUUGGGUGGACCAGGAUCACUUUUAAAAGUCAACAUAGAAGUGAAUAAUAUGGGCGGAUUAAAAAUGCAUGUUGCCGAUAUUUUAGCCGCAGGUCAAUCGACAUUCGACAAUUUAACAGAUGGUGUGAUAAAUACGAUGUGGCCGCUGGGUCUACCGUUUAUAAAACCGAUGAUUAAUGAAUUAAUUAGUACGGCUUUUACUGAUAUUUUUAAUGAAUCGUUUAGAUAUUUUCCCGUAGAAAAGUUCUUAAGAUACUCAUGA